GUGCCAUGUGUAUGAUAUGAUAAUAGGAAAAAAAGUACUUUCGCCUUACGCAUCUACAUGUUAUUGGUCCAGAGAUUCUAACAAUCUAUCACGAGCAGAGAUGUAAUUUGCGGGCGCAAUUUGAAACGCAUGUGAGCAGUAAUGAGAAUUUUAGAAGAAUUUGUGUAUGUGAUCUGUUAUUUGUCGUAUUACCUGACUUGGAAUGGAGACUAUAGUGAAGUUGAUAGGUGGUCUCAUUCCGGACGAUCUUUUAUCUUUUUUGCCAAAAGAAGUACACCCUGCCACUCUUUACCUGCUUCGUGUGGCACUUAAUCAUCAGAAUAGUGGCUAUGUAGAUGCUGUUCUGGAUUUCACCUGGGAACAACUGAAUACUGGACAUUGGUGUAAUGUUCCUGUGUGGUUGAGGCAAGUUUACACUGUUGCAGCCCUCAUCAAGGUCAAACUUUCUUUAUCUGAAACGCAAGAUCAGCCGUCAGAAGAGACCAUAAUGCAUCAGAAUGUGAUGGAGAUAUUGGACAUGGGGUUGCUGCUUGGAGCACCACUUGCAGCACCUGCCCCUGAUCUAUCUGAUCUUGCCCGUAUUCUCUCUGAGAAUAUUUCAAAAGAUGUGGAUAUGAAACCUCUAGCAGUAUCAGAAAUCAAAAGGCAGAGAUUGUUAGCCUCAGAUAUCAGUGGCAUUCAUGGUACACCAGUACCUACAGUGGAAUGUCCAUCACUUGAAAGUUUCUACGCCAUGUAUUUUAAACCACUUGUACCAGUUAAGAUUACAGGUUGCAUGUCCCAUUGGCCAGCUAUGGAGCGAUGGACUGACUUCACUUACCUUCAAGCUAAAGCUGGUGCCCGCACUGUUCCUGUGGAAUUAGGUCCUCACUACUUGCAUCCUGACUGGAGUCAAAAGCUGAUGACAGUUGGCACAUUUAUUAAGGACUACGUAAGAAAUCCAGAAUCGGGAAAAGAUGUGGGUUAUCUUGCUCAGCAUCCUCUUUUUGAUCAGAUCCCAGAGCUUAAAGAUGACAUUAGAAUACCAGAUUACUGCUGCCUUAGUUCUGAGGACAAAAAUGAAGAACAGAGUGAAGAUCCAGACAUCAAUGCUUGGUUUGGGCCUCAGGGUACUGUUACACCAUUGCAUUAUGACCCAAAACAUAACUUGUUAGCACAGGUUAUAGGUGAAAAAAGAGUACUUCUUUAUUCACCAACUGAUUCGGAUGCCUUAUAUCCUCCAAAAAGUGGCUUGGUUACUAACACGGCCCAAGUAGACCCGGAAGCACCUGAUUAUGAAAGUUUCCCUUUGUACAAAGAAAUCUCAGCAAUGGAAACUGUGCUCUUGCCAGGAGAGAUGCUGUACAUUCCACCUGGAUGGUGGCACCAUGUAAGAGCUUUAUCUACCAGUUUCUCUGUUAGUUUCUGGUGGAUGUGAAAUUAAACAACAAAUAAGCAAAAUCUGAAGAAGAAAGAUAAUGCAAAGAAUUGUUGGAUAAAUGUAUUCGUUUAAAGAUCACAAAACAGAUAAUUUACCAGUGUGAUGAAGCAGAGCUAUUAUUUUGUGAAGUAUUAUUAUAACUAAAGCACUUAAAUUCGUAUAUAAUCAAAAUUAUAAGCAUAAAUUCUAAUGUGAAAAUGAAAUAACUCAUUCAUAUUCCAGAAUUUGAGUACCGGAUGUAAAAAUUAGAAAAUUGAAAGUUCAGUGAUGGCACAUUCAAGAAUUGUGAGAUUUUAUUGGGUUUAAGGUAGAGAUUUGAUGAUCCAGAGGUUUUGUGUUUGAUCCUGAAUCCCCAGUUGCUACUAGAAUUUUAUUCUGGCAGUUAAUGUCACAUUUGUAACCAACACACUUCGUGUUCAUUAAAAAGACUGUGUAAUCUGUGUUUGCAAUUAAAUUACACAUUCACUAUUAUUACUGUCCUUCGUGCAUUGUUUGGCUGAUUCUGUUUUGGAUCAAAUGGCUACAUAAGUAUGCCGCCUUCAAAAUGUUGUUAAGCAUUGUGGAGUUUUCAGAUUAAUAUCAUUACUUUUAUGAUUUGUUGUGGAAACGUCAGUAUUGGUCUGCUUGGAUUCGGAUGAUGAACACUAUCAUUAUUAGAGAAACAAAAAAGCAGAAUUUUUGGACGAUUUUUUCAGGUGGAAAAAUUGACAAUGAUCUAUUUAAUUUUGAUAAAGGAUGUGAUUUAAGGUGUAUUUACCCUUUUUAUGCUCUCCUGUAAUGUUUUUCAAUGUCUGUUCUGCAUGAUUUAUUGAGUAUAGAUAAAAAGAGAUGUACUAUGUUGCUGAAAUUAGUAAUUUUAACUAAGUGUGCUAAAAUGCUGCAAAAAUGAAAUUUAAAGUGUUAUCCUGAUACCCAGCAGUGCCUUUUAAUAGAAUACAACCUAUGCUCAAUAAAUAUGGUGAAGAAUUUGCAGGAAAUAUGGUAUGUUUGUGAACUAAAUAUGCAUAUUGGGCAAAGGCAACGUGUGAGAUGAGCUUACGUUAAGCAUCCGUAUGGUUCUGGAUUGAAGCAUUGUCCUUAUUGGUGUUUCAUCCAAGGCAAGAAGAGUAAGUAUUUAGCAGGGGCAAGAUACAGUGAAUCAAAGGAAGGAUGGAGCAAAAUAACCCCUUUAAAUGCAAAGGAGCCGCUGCACAGUAUGGCAGUAUAGGGCGGGCUGCGCAUCGUUAUGCAGUAUUGCCAGGGUCCAUUUGUUUAAGUAUUGUGGUGCACGUCUCAUUCACUCUAGUUUGUGGCCAAAAAUUUUCACAUAGGUAGCUGCUUUCAGUGCCCUGAAUUGGAUCAUUUUACCUGUAACCUUUCAGGAUUUCAUUAACCCUGAGCAAAGCCACAUCAUGCUUUGCCUCAUCAAUUCAAAAUUGUACUUCAAGCAACACAACUCGUCACCCAUAAAGGUCCAUUCAGGAAAGGUGGGGUCUCUAUCCACUGUUAGUGAUUUAUUUGGGAAUAAAUCUGGAACCAUAUGCUCUUUUUGGAUUUUUUAUACAAUUUAUUGUACGAUUAACAUAUCAUUAGAUGGAUGUGUUAAAAGAACAUUAUAUCAUGGGCCAAGUGCAGCUAGAUGCUGGGGAAAACAGCAGAACUUUAGCUGUUGAUAGUUAAAUGUUUUUGAAAAGGAAAGGUUGUUAUUGCUAAUUUAAAUCACAGUUGCAGUAUGUCAUCCAUAAUUGAUAGAUUAAAACUGCCACCCCCC